AUGAGAGCAGCUUCUGUUGCUACCUCCAACUGCUGUCACUCCCGCUGUCACUUAGAACUCUUGAGUUGCUGCGUCUCUGCAACAAUAUCUCUAGCAGCGUCUGUUGCUACCUUCAACUGCUGUCACUCCCGCUGUCACUUAGAACUCUUGAGUUGCUGCGUCUCUGCAACAAUACCUCUAGCAGCGUCUGUUGCUACCUUCAACUGCUGUCACUCCCGCUGUCACUUAGAACUCUUGAGUUGCUGCGUCUCUGCAACAAUAUCUCUAGCAGCGUCUGUUGCUACCUCCAACUGCUGUCACUCCCGCUGUCACUUAGAACUCUUGAGUUGUUGCGUCUCUGCAACACAACCUCUGGCAGCGUCUGUUGCUAUCUCCAACUGCUGUCACUCCCGCUGUCACUUAGAACUCUUGAGUUGCUGCGUCUCUGCAACAAAACCUCUGGCAGCGUCUGUUGCUACCUCCAACUGCUGUCACUCUCGCUGUCACUUAGAACUCUUGAGUUGCUGCGUCUCUGCAACAAAACCUCUAGCAGCUUCUGUUGCUACCUUCAAACUGCUGUCACUCCCUCUGGCUCCCUCGCUAAAAGUUCAAAUAACGGAGCCUAAAAAUAUACCAUAG